AUUUCCCCCAAGCUACUACUUCACACCAUUCAAUUUCAACCUCUCACCUAAACUCGAACCCGCCAACGCACUAGGGUCCCCAAGUACACUUGCGUACAAAGCGCAAGCCAUACAAUUUCCUCCCUACCAUCAAUUCUCGGAUCGCUACCUAGCUUCCACCUACACAUUGCAAGCAGCGACGCCUAACCUACAACCCCCCACAAGAUGGCCACAAACGACGACCUCAAGGCGCACGCUGCCUCUAGUCAAGACUUCUACGCCCUACUAGACAUCACGCCAGCAGCCUCCGAGUCCGAGAUUCGCCGCGCAUACAGAAAGACCGCACUCAAAUACCAUCCGGAUAAAAUCGCGAACCCGACGCCCGCUGACAUCGACAAAUUCCAUACAUUACAGAUUGCCUAUGAUGUCCUCUCUGAUCCGUCCGUACGGCAGUUGUACGAUAAUGCACGGGAGGCGCGGCAACGGAAGCAGCGCGAGCGGGAGAUGAUGGAUUCGGCGAAGAGGAAGAUGAGGGAGGAUUUGGAGGCUAGGGAGCGCGCUGGUGCUGCGGCGAUGGGGGGUGCGUCGCGUGGGGUGAAGCGGAUGUGGGCGAGUGGGACGGGUGAUGAUGAUGCGGAGGAAAAGUUACAGAAGGAGAUUGAGCGGAUUGCAGAGGAUGGGAGGCGGCGGCGGCGGGAGGCGGAGGAGCGGUUGAAAAGGGAGGCGGAGGAGGAGGAGAAGCUUGUGCAGCGGGAGGAGGAGGAGGCGCGGAAGGCUGCUGAUAGGAGUAGUCAGCGGGUUGAUCGGUCACAGGAAGGGGGGGCGAAUGUGCCGGAACUUGAGCGGGCUGUUAAGGUGCGCUGGGUUCGUGAAGGUUGGGGGUUGCCGUUGGAUAAGGAUCGUUUAACGGCUUUGUUUGCCCCAUUUGGCAAGAUUGAGAGUGUUGUUGUGCUUAAGGAUAAGCGACAGCGUAUCGGGGAGAAGCGCGAGAAAAAGACUGUCGCAACGGGCGUCGUGGUCUUUACUUCUAUUGUGGGCGCACAUGCUGCCGUUCUAGACAGUGAGAAAAAGAUACUCCAGGCUGCUGGACAACCGGAUAACGAGUGGAGCUACAUUGACUCGGUAUGCUGGGCAUCUGGUAAGCAGCCUGAUCUAGGGACGGGGCCUGACAAUCGUCCUGCUUCUCCCAGUGCAGGGACCGGUGCAGCACCAGAAUCAACGAAGCCAGCUGCCCCUCCCAAGCCCACAUUCAACUUCCCCGGGAUCAAGUCGGCGGGAUAUAAUAGGACCGAGAAGAAAUCUGGGAAAGCACCUUCUUUUGGCUCAUUUGCUUCUGCUGCGGCCGCAGCUGGCUCGGCUAAGUCUACACCUAACUCAUCGGCUAAUGACACUAGCACCCCCAGUCUGGAAGAAGUGACAUUAAUGCGGCUGAAGACCGCACAGCGAGAAAAGGAGCGCAAGGCUCUUGAGGAACAGCUUCGGAGAGAAGAUGAAGCUGCAGAUGCGGCGGAGGCCGCGGCUGCUGAAGCCAAUGCUUAACUUUGCUGCUCUUCUUUUACGUUGAUUCCCUUUUGCCCUCCUACAUCCGCACAUGCUGGACACGGAGAUCACAAGUUCUUCGUCCAUCCUACGGUCAAGUUUCAGUGGGACAAAUUUACUGGCGUUGUU